AUGUCGAACCCUUGGAUCAAUAAAAGAGUGCCCAUGUCAAAGGUGGGAGAGGGUUCUGGUAGUGCGUCUUGUACCAAUAGUCCUGAGCAGGUUCAAAAUUUAACUGACGUCAGUCAACUUAUAUUGGAACUUAUCAACAGCGUCCUUGCUCAAAGCAUAGUUUUACCACCGAUUGACUGUGACUCGCAAGACUAUAAUGUAACCGGGGACGAGCAAGUGGAUAAUCUCAUCAAAAAUAUCCAGAACGAUGGAACACCGGCAGAUUAUUUUGCGUUGAAGUUUUUACUAGACGAUCCAUCAAAUUCAUUUUCGCCUGUAGUCUUACAUAAAAUUUUUGGGACACUUUGUGAUUCAUCAAUAUUCCAUGAUCAUAUAGAAGAGACAACCAUUAUAUUAGAAUUGAAUCUGCGAACCUUAUUGGCAGCUAUUCGCAUUUACACUACUACCUCAAAGACCACCAUCACUCGCGAAUUUCGUAAGGAGAUGUUUGAUAAACUAGCGAAAUUUUCCGAUUCUCAUUUUUACAAUUCAAACAUUGCCACAGAAACAAUGAAGAAAAGUGGUUCACAUUCAUCAUCUAGUUUACUAUCAAGUUACGAAGACAAACUUUUGAGAAAUUAUAACAUUGACUUUUUAUUAGCCGUAUUUCGCGAUACGAUCAAUGAUAAAGGUAACAUCAGAGAUAAAAAAGAACUAUCGCGGGCGAGGCAAACACCCAGAUUGUCCGUAAAUAAUAACACUAUUAAAGAGAUUUCAGUAACUGGUACUGAAAUUCGGCUGACCGAGCAGUUACGUAAUACAUUAGAUCUUGACUAUCCAAAGUCUUCUUGGUAUCUCAAAUGGAAGCAACUGGUGGAAAAAAAGGGUAAUCUGUUCAAGCUAUCUCUAGACAAUACCAACAUAGAAUUCCAAGAGAAGGAGUUACUUGAAGAGCUCUGGAUGCAUGUAUCCUCCAAAUCUUUCGAUUCGGAUCCGCAAAAAAUUGAUGACGAACCGUUAGCAGACACCAAGUCCUUCUGGUUUGGAGUUCUCGACGUUGCGCAAGAGUUGGCAGCUUGGACGCAGUCAACCAAGACCUUGAUUUUCAUUUAUUAUCUGGCCUUACAAUCCUUGCAACGUGGACACGGGGCCUACAUUCGUUCGAAGGCAAUUGAGCUUUUGAUCUCGCUUCUCGCAAGACACCCAGUACUCUUUUCCGAAUUUGAAGCUCAUUUCAUGGAAUUCUUAGCCAGUCUGAGUGCCAACAAACAGGAGAAGUACAAGAAACUAUUUGAAAUUGUUAUGCGACGAUUCCAGUCGUAUCGAAGGAUGGCCAAUGCAUGCUCCUCGGGGCACCACGCGAAUCUACAAUCAAAAAUAAAUAAGCGCAUCGAUGCCUCUGUUCAACAUUCCAACACUCACUUAAAAGAUGCUACUCAUUUUGACAUUAUAGCCGAUGAACUGACGUGCCCCAUCACUCAAGACCUUGGUGAAAACUUCAAAAAAUUACCAUGCGGACACUGCAUCAGUGAAGAAGGGAUCAAAGGAUGGACCAAAGAGUGCAAAAGUAAAAGUAAAUUGUUUUCUUGUUGUAUCUGCCGUGCCGAGUUUUUAUGGGAGAAAGUUGAGAGCGCACCAAUCUCUUACUUGCAUCGCGGUAUGUAUCAGUUCGUGGGAUAUAUACCAAGAGAAGAGGUAACUUUAACACACGUUACUCCUUCCAUUUCUUUGAGCACACGGAAAAAUCCUCGCAUCCGGAUAAAAGGGCUUGGGAUAAUCAAGAAACGUCAUUCAGCUUACAGGCAAGCAGAGGCUGCCCUAAAAAAUGAAAACUUUGUAAUGGCUGUCUAUUGGUUAAACUUGGUUCUUGACAUCUGGCCGGAUAGUUAUGGCAUUCGCUGCAAACGAGCGUGGGUGGUACAACAAUUGGGCGACCUUUACCAAGCAGUUACUGAUUUGAACAUUGCGUCACAUUUAAAACCCUGGAAGCCAAAGGCUUGGAGCUUACUCGCUAGCGUGUCUCUACAAAUGGGCAUUCCAGAAAUGGCACUCCCUCAUAUAUCUCGCGCCCUUGAACUCGAUCAAAAAAACCUUCAAUUUUUGUCAAUGCGCAGCACCAUCUACGUAAAGUUACGACAGUACGACAACGCUUCACGCGAUAUGGAUACUAUCCUCGAUCUUGCUUCUCAAAUGACAGCUUCAACUCGAAUAAGGUCAUCAUUUCCAGCCUUCAUCUCGAUGAUUCGUUUCAAGAACUCAAGACCCUCUCAACCAGAAAACAAAACUAUAAUAGUAGAUACUUUAAUGAGACGUAGUAAAUUAUAUUUUGACCAAUCUAAAUAUCAAUUGGCCAAACAAGAUUUGGAUAGACUCUUACAAUGGGAUAAUAAGAAUCUAGAAGGACUGGUGUUGCGUGGUCGCGUUCACUACAGAACGUAUCAAUAUUGUGCCGCUCUCUCUGAUUUUAAUGGCGUCAUAGCAAUUGAUCCUCAGAAUGUAUACGCAUACAAUCUUCGAGCACUAACAAAUUCAGGGAUGGGUGUAUUUGAUCAAGCAAUCAAAGAUUCAGAUCACGCCAUAAACCUUAAUCCAGUGGAAGGAUAUUCGUAUCGUUUCCGAAGCAUGAUUUUGGACGACAUGGGUCAAGACGAAGAUGCUCUAGAUUAUGCAAACGUGGCGCACAUAAUUGACCGCACCAAUAUGGAAAACAUGUACCGAUGCCUGUGGGCCCGUAUAUACCUAUAUCGAUAUAAGGAUGUACUUUCAUACCUUAACGUUUACCUCAACUAUCUCAACGAAAAUUUUGAAAAUGAUGACACGGACACCGCGGAGAUGCUUGUAAUGCGGGGAUUCAUUUAUCACCUUUUGGAGGGUCGAGAGGAAGAUGCAUUUAAUGAUUUUCGAAGGGUACUGGAGAUAGAUUCAAAGAAUACAAAUGCAUUAGCAUGCCGCGGUCAACUAUACACUCGUCUUGGAAAAUUUACGGAGGCAUUGGCUGAUCUUAACGUCGCCAUCGAGAUUGACUCUGAAAAUAGCUAUAUAUAUCGAAACAGAGCGUACUUAUGGUAUAAGAUGGGUACCUACACGAAAUCAUUGCAGGACUUGGAUACUGCAGAAAACCUGCAUCCUGAACGUGGCAUGACAUCGUCGACACGGGAAGGAAGGAGAAGAAGUUUUCUUUAUCGGGGCCUCAUUUACCAUAAACUUGGAGACCAUAAAAAAGCUCUUGAUAAUCUUAAUGGAGCGAUAACAAUUUUGCAAGAUGACGAGACUAUGAUUCCACUUGUAGAGCGCGCAAUCGUUUAUUUUUCUACAGAUCAACUUGAAGAAGCGUUAGACGAUUUGAAAAAGGCAUUGGUCGUUGAACCAAAAGAUGUAUACAUGUCAAGAAGCUUGUCCAAAGGAAUAGAACUUUACGGGAAGAUCUACAAUUCAUUUAGUACUUGUGACGAAAAAAAGUUAAGUUGGAUGGACCUACGUGAACCAGAUCCCCGAAUGCCGCAAUCGACCUUACGAAAGCUUAAAGUAGUAACAUCAUUCCAAGAUGAUACCAAUGAAUUGGACCCUUGCGACAGUCUCAAGAAAUUAUCGCAAGAAUUUGAAAGACUCUUGUCCUCUCGGAGUAAGAUUGAUUCAUUUGAGCACAAUGAAAAAAAGGUCAGUGAAAAUGAUAGCUUUGAAAGCUUAAGCAGUAUUUUCGAGUCAGAUGAUGAAUUCCCGGAUGAAGAUGAUGGUGCAGCGAGUGCAAAUCACAAAACAAUAUCUCGAAACAAAGGAAAAGGUGUAGAUAAGCAAGAGGAGAAGGAAUCCACGUCUCGAGAAGAAAUUGUUGAACCUAACCCUUACGACGAACUUAGGAAUUUGUUGCAAGAGUUUGAAAGUUUUUUGUAUCGUCAAAUUAAGUUGAACGAUCUUGACGACAAUGAAAUUUCCAAUGAUAGUUUUGAAGAAUUGAAGGAUGCGCAUAGUAAACCUCAAGAUAAUACCGAAGAAGUCGACGAAGAUUGUGAAAUAAUCGCUUUAAAUAAGGGGAAAGGAGUCGAUCAGCUCAAUGACCGAAAUGAAAAUAUUACGAAAGAAGACCCAUCCAUCUCCCACGAAAAGCCUUUGCUCCGUCAAAAUGAGACAAGCUAUAAUUUUGUAACUGACGAUGAUAACGCAAAGUUAAAGGAGGCAGAUAUGCAUAAAUAUGAGGAUAAUAUUUGCAGUGUUGAUAUAGAUAACAAAAUAUCUGUUUUAAAUGAGAACCAUCAGUAUGAAAAAAUUGAAGAGGAAACUGUGCAAAGUGAAGAGAGUAGCUCCCACGGAUUUUCACGGGCACUUGAUUUUCUAGAAGCUGCCCAAAACACAGAAGGUUACUUUGAUCAACAAAAGUUCGACCAAGCCAUAGCUCAAUGGGAGAAAGUUAGCUCCGGAGAUAGUUAUGCCAGUGAUAUCCUUCGAGCUCUUCAAACCAUAAAAGCAAAUCAUUCCCAGAUUCUUAUAUCUCGCGAGGGAAACUCGAACAAUAUCUAA